AUGCACGCUUACAACCUUGCCCCUGCACUUCUCCUCCUCGGAGGCGCCGCCGCCGCCCCAGCACCGGCACCGACUCUCGUCGCUCGCGCCGAUGUACUCGCUCCUACUGCCGCCUGGAUCAGCGUCGCAAAGGAUGGUGUGCCGACGACAGUCACUCCCGUGCCUACUACCAUCUCCGGUACUCCGACUUUGGCCUCGGCCGCACCCAACGCUCUGACAGGCAGUGUCUUCGUCAUUACCGACUACCACCUUGUUAAGGUUACCACGAGCACCGGCAGCCCACCAGUCCCGACUGCCAAACACAAGAACGGCGAAGGCGCAUUUGCCCCUUGCAACAACACGGAUGGCGACUUUGCGCCCUUCUGUGAUCCUGCAAAGGAUAGCGUCCUGUACACUGAUACGACGUAUUACGUGACAUGGGACUCCUCCGCCCUUAUCAAAGGAAACCAGACCGACGUGCGCGUCAAGAUUAAGGGCAAGGAAGUCAACGGCACCACCGUCGGCGAGGUUGUCUUCAACAAGGACACCGACAGCUCCCAGCUUGCUGCCUAUGGCUACUAUGCUUGGACCGCCAACAGCAACCUUAUCCCUCGCGGCCAGUCGAACACCACCAUCGAGCUCCUAAUGCAAUACACCAUCAAUGGCGUCGCGCAGAAGGACAUCACAGGCCCCCAGGUACUAGUUGCGAAGCGUCCGUCCUUCCACCCGGAGGGCGCCAAGGUGCCCAAGGGCGCCGAACUGUAUAUUGCCCUCCCCACCGUCUUCGGCUUCCUCAUCAUCUGCCUCAUCGGAGGAUGCCUUUGGAACCGCUCCACGCGCAAGAUUGGACUGGGCAACAUCAUGAGCCGCUCACGACACGGAUACGGCGUUGGAAAGUCUCGCGCCCAGAGACUUGGUCAGCGUGUUAGGAAGAGUGUCUUCCGCGGUGGCAAGGACCGUGGUAUUGCGCUCCGCACGAGGGAGAUUAGCCCCGAUGGAUACCAGUAUCACGACAACCCGGUUGACCAGCACCACGAUGUCGGACGUCCUAGAAGGGACAGCGAUGCGCUGGGCAGCUUGGCCGGUAGCCCGACCGAGGACAGGUUUCACGACAGGUUCCAGGACACGGGUGUGCAAGGUGGCAAUGCCUUCAGGGAUGAGAUGAGGAGGCAGGAGAGGGAGAGAUAUUAG